ACUUUCCAAUAGGAUGGCGAGUGCAGACUACGUGUCUGCCAAGCUCAGCGGCAUGGACAUUGCCGUCGAAGAGAAGAAGUUUGGACGCCGCAACCACUUGCUUGCGAUUGAAGAAGAUGUGCAGCGCCAGUGGGAGGAAGCUAAGGUCUUUCAAGGCAGCGUGGAGGACGGCAAGAAGAAGUUUCUCGCCACGUUUCCGUUCCCGUACAUGAACGGGAUGAUGCACAUUGGUCACGGUUUCACGAUCACGAAGGCCGAGUUCGCGACGCGAUACCACCGCCUCAAGGGCGAGAACGCGCUCUUCCCGUUUGCGUUUCAUUGCACGGGCAUGCCGAUCCAGGCCGCAGCGAACAAGUUGAAGGCCGAGUUGGAUGAGUUCGGGUUUCCCCCUCAAUUCCCCAUUGAAGUCGUCGAGCCACCGCCGGCGCCUGCCGCGCAAACGUCCGAGAACAAGGCCAAAGGCAAGAAGUCCAAGUUGGUUGCCAAAACUGGCGGCGUCGUGCGCCAAUACGACAUCUUAACCAAAAUGAUUGACGACAAGGAGCUCAUCCCCAAGUUCACCGACCCGACUUUCUGGCUGCAAUACUUUCCACCGUUUGGCGAAGCUCACUUGCGCCGCUUCGGGCUUGCAGUGGACUGGCGCCGGUCGUUCAUCACGACCGACGUGAAUCCGUUCUACGACGCCUUCAUUCGAUGGCAAUUGAAUACGCUCAAGGAACGCUCCCGCAUCUCCCGCGGCAAACGGCCCAAUGUGUACUCGCCGCUGGACAAACAGAACUGUGCCGACCAUGACCGCGCGUCCGGUGAAGGCGUCGGGCCCCAAGAAUACACGAUCGUGAAGCUCGCGGUGAAAACGCCGUUGCCUGCCCGUUUGAGUUCGCUCUCCGGGUACAACGUGUACUUGGCGCCGGCGACGCUGCGCCCAGAGACCAUGUAUGGCCAAACAAACUGCUUUGUGCUUCCAGACGGCGACUAUGGCGCGUACCGCAUCAACGAGACGGACGUGUUUUUGAUCUCGCGCCGAUCUGCGCUGAACCUGGCCCAUCAAGAUUACUCGCGCACGUGGGGCCAAGUGGAAUGCCUCCUCGAACUCAAGGGGUGGGACCUCUUGGGGUUGCCGCUGCGGGCGCCGAACGCCGUGUACGACACCGUGUACACGCUGCCAUUGCUGACCAUCUCGAUGGGCAAGGGGACCGGUGUCGUCACGAGUGUGCCGAGUGACGCCCCGGACGAUUUUGCCGCGCUCCGCGACUUGAAGCAAAAGCCUGCGAUGCGUGAAAAGUACAACUUGACGGACGAGAUGGUGCUCCCGUUCGAAGUCGUGCCGAUCAUUGACAUUCCUGGUUACGGCACGACGGCAGCUGUCGCAGUGUGCGACGAGCUCAAGAUUCAAUCGCAGAACGAUAAAGACAAGCUGGCGAAGGCCAAGGACUUGGUCUACCUCAAGGGGUUCUACGAAGGCGUGAUGCUUGUGGGUAGCCAAGCCGGCAAGAAGGUGUGCGAUGCCAAGGCGGCUGUUCGCAAGGAGCUCCUCGAUGCAGGCCAUGCCAUCCCGUACUGGGAACCCGAGUCCACCGUCAUGAGUCGCACGGGCGACGAGUGCGUCGUUGCUCAUUUGGACCAGUGGUACUUGCUCUACGGCGCGGACGACUGGAAAGCCCGCGUGAGCUCGCAUAUCGAAAACCCCAACACGUUCAGCACGUACAACCCGAUCGCGCUUGGCGAGUACCGAUCGACGUUGGAGUGGUUGAAGGAAUGGGCGCCGUGCCGCCAGUUUGGGCUCGGGACCAAGCUCCCCUGGGACACGGAAUUCGUUGUCGAGUCAUUGUCCGAUUCGACGAUUUACAUGGCGUACUACACCAUCGCGCACCACUUGCAGAGCAACGUGGACGGCUCGAGAGGUGGCCCGCACGGCAUCACGGCGGCCGACUUGACCAAGGAAGUGUUUGACUUUAUCUUUUUGAAGGGUCCCGCUCCGACCAACUCGAAGAUCUCGGUGGACGUGUGGCGCCAGCUCCAAGCUGAAUUCGAGUACUGGUACCCCGUCGACUUGCGUGUGUCAGGCAAGGACUUGAUUCGCAACCACUUGACCAUGUGCCUGUACAACCACGCGGAAAUCUGGGCCGACGACGCGUCCAAGUGGCCGCGCAGCUUUUUCACAAACGGCCACGUGCUGGUGGAUGCAGAAAAGAUGUCCAAGUCGAAGGGCAACUUUUUAACGUUGGAGCACUGUUUCAACGAGUACGGCGCGGACGCGACACGGUUUGCGUGCGCCGACGCCGGCGACUCGAUGGAUGACGCCAACUUUUCGCGGGACACUGCCAACAUGGCGAUCUUGCGCUUGACGACGGAAGAAGAAUGGAUCAAGAAGACGCUGGACGACGUCGCGGCGCUCCGCACGGGCGCGCUCAACUUUAACGACAAGAUGUUUCACGCGCAAAUGGACGAAAUCAUCACGACGACGGCGGCGCACUUUGACGCGAUGCAAUGGCGCGACGGGUUCCAGACGAGCUUCUUCGAGCUCCAGAUCGCGCGCGACGCCUACCGCGACAUUUGCACGCGCGGCGAGUUUGGCUUGCACAAGGACGUGAUCGUGCGGUUCAUCGAGGCGCAGACCAUCAUGUUGGCGCCAAUCUGUCCGCACAUUUGCGAACACUUUUGGAAGUUGCUGGGCAAGCCCGGGUUUGUCUCGAACGCGGCGUGGCCCGCCGUCACGGGCCCCACGGACUAUACUCUUCUUCGCGCGGGCGACUUUUUGACCAAGUCCCUCAAGCACUUCCGCGACGCUGUCAUGAAGGGAGAUGCUGCCAAGGGCAAGAAGAAACCUGUCGUCGAAGCCAAGAAACCCACGCAUGCCCAUGUGUACCUCGCCAACGAGUUCCCGACGUGGCAGCAGACCGUGCUCACGUUUAUGGCCGGACUCUUUGACAAGUCGACGAAGACGUUCCCGGCCGACUUUAUGGCCAAGCUCAAGCUCCUCCUCAACGACCACGAAGCACUGAAGAAGAACACCAAGAACGUGAUGCAGUUUGCUUCGUUUGUCAAGGCCGACGCCGAGCUGCGUGGUCACGAGGCCAUCGAACUCAGCAUGCCAUUUGACCAAAAGGCUGUCCUCGAGAGCAACAAGCUGUACUUGCUCAAGUCGCUCGACCUGCAUGACAUCGCGUUUUACUACGUUGACGGCCACGCCGCGGUGGAAGGCGGCGACGCCAAGAAGAUCGAAGUUGCCGCUCCUGGAAAGCCCACCAUCUAUCUCUACGCCGUCGACUUGUAAGCGCUGUAGCCACCGACGGAUCGGGUCCAUCCGCCGCCCGCCAGAGCCGUCGCUGCAGUAGCUGCCUCGUGCUUGAAUAUGUACGCCAGCAUGUGCUUCGAUCGAGUACCUC